CAAUCAGCCCACGUUUUUUCUCCGGUCUCCCCCGAUAUGGUUCGGUUCGAGGUCAAUCCCCCGAUUAGGGAUUUCAUUCCGAUUGACGCCGGUGCGAUGUCGGCGAUCCUUCCGAAGACGGAGACUGUCCAGAUCCGCGAGGUGUGGGCCGAUAAUCUCGAGGCAGAGUUCGCCCUAAUCCGCGAGGUGGUGGAUGACUUCCCCUACGUCGCCAUGGACACCGAGUUCCCCGGCAUCGUCUGCCGACCCCUCGGCACCUUCCGCAGCAGUGCUGACUUCAACUACGCCACUCUCAAGGCCAACGUCGACGUGCUCAAGCUCAUCCAGCUCGGUCUCACCUUCUCCGACGAACGCGGCAACCUCCCGACCUGCGGCAGCAGCCGUGGCUGCGUCUGGCAGUUCAAUUUCCGCGAGUUCGACUUGCAGUGCGACGUCUUCUCUACCGACUCCAUCGAACUCCUCCGGCAGAGCGGCAUCGACUUCGAGAGGAACAGCGAGGAAGGGAUCGACGCCCAGCGGUUCGGUGAGCUCCUCAUGUCGUCCGGGAUCGUGCUUAAUGACUCCGUUCAUUGGGUCACAUUCCACAGCGGCUAUGAUUUCGGUUACCUUCUCAAGGUGCUCACUUGCCAGCACCUCCCCGACACCCAAGUGGGCUUCUUCAAUUUGAUCAGGAUCUACUUCCCAACCGUGUACGAUGUCAAACACCUCAUGAAGUUCUGCAACAGCCUCCAUGGGGGCCUAAAUAAGCUUGCCGAAUUGCUUGAAUUAGAAAGAGUUGGGAUAUGCCACCAGGCCGGUUCUGACAGCCUGCUUACUUCUUGCGCUUUCAGGAAAUUGAAGGAGUCAUUUUUUAGUGGCUCAACUGAGAGGUGGUGUGAUGCUUAGAUCUUCUUCCUGUACUAUCCAAGCUUGAUUUUGGUAAGCAAUUUUCAUAGCUCCUUGGUACAUAGCAUUAGCUAUUGUGAUUUAGGUCCUUGAUUUUUAAUAUCAACACAAUGAGCUUUAAUGCCAUGUGCUAUGUUUGCUUCAGUACAAAUUUGAAUUUGCCUAAAUUGUUUCAAUUGAGUCUCCAAAAGGAUAUUCGUGAAUGACUGGUUGAUUCUGGAGGACCGGCAACAGGGUCAUACUUCUAAUUCUUUGUAUUUCUCUUCCACUGCAGCAGGACCUCCUCUGAAAUUAGAACUGUUGCUUGGUGGUAGGUAUGCAUCUUUUGUCUUGUUCAACUUGCACUUUGACAAAUUUGGCUUCUCUAACAUUCUUUAUUUCCCCUAUUUCUUAGUUCAAUCACCUUCUAUAUCUUGGUCUUUAAACCCUUGUUAUGUCUAAAUCCAUUACACCAUGCUGUUUCUAUCUGUAUCUAACUUUCAAUUCAACUCUCCUUUAUAUCAAACCAUUUUACAGACAGAAAAGUUAGUUGGA